UUAGAGGCAGACCAUGGCUCCCAUGUCCUUCCUUGUCUUAAGCCUCAUCCUCUCCUCUAUUCGUCCUUUAAAUGCCCAGGUCAUCACUGACUCAUCCUUCACUCCUCUGGACCUACCUAUUAAUUCCCCACCUCAACCAACCAAACAAACUGUUCGAUUCUGGCCCUCUUUGCCUCCCAGAGGCCGCAGUGAUGUGCCUAUCAGAAUCAUAAUCCAGGAUAGGUUGACAACUACGAAUUCAGUGCAGCAGGAGCAAAGAGUGACCAGCCCUACAGCACAGUCCCCUCCUUCUUCUGUAUCAGCCCUCACUACACAAAAUCUCAGCAGUGGUCUACUAACUCAACCAACUGUCUCCAGGUCCAGGACUGACACAGCUAGUCUAGCGCUCAUGAGGGCUAAGGCAAAGGGGGAUGCUGCAAUAAAAGGCUCAACUCCACCUCUGCCAACUUUACCCUCCGCUGCUGUCGGUGAGCCUGCUGAUGAUAAGCCAGUGACAGCAGGCAGUUCAGAGGAGGGAUCAGUUAAAGGCACAGAGGAUGGUGAUUUGCAGUGGUUGGAAUCAAGCAGUACUCCGAUAGUGCUGCUUGUGAAGAAAUCACCUGUCCCUCUGCCAACGGUCAGUGAUGAAAUGGCACAGUAUCAACCGCAGGCACAGACUGCGGUGUCUGAAAGUUUAUCAUCUAAACUGUCUGAUGUUAAAACACCAGAAAUGGAUGCUACAACUGUUAAGCCCCAACUGUUUGCACUGACAACAGCCGUCAGAGUCUCUACGACACCACAGACUGAGACAAGAGCCACACUGUCUCCAGUGGUGACACAGGCGACACCUCGGAUUGUUGUAUUAACAGGUGAUCUGACAGCGAAUACUCCGCCAACCGACAGAGUUGCUCCAAAGCAAGACUCUGCUGCUGUGACGUUACCCCAAUCCACGACCACCGCUGCUGGCCCUACUGAGAAACAGCCACAGAUCACAGAACAGCCGGUGACCACUCGAAGCCAAAACAGUUCACAGUCAAACACCGUGACGCACCAAGUGACAACCACAGUUACUGCAAGUGUGCUCACCACUACACAGGAGGCAGAGAAAACAUCACCUAAAAUAAUAAAUCAACCCAACAAAACAGCACAAAUGGGACGAAGUGCAGCGAGCGCGACAGCCAGGACAGGGACUUCUUCCUUCCUUACUACCGGUGUUGUACCUGUUACCCGGAUAAGGUUUGGCCCCACGUAUCAGGCUGGUGUUGGAAAGAACCGUUCCAUUCUCCUGCGACCUCCUUACCAAGCUCCCUACUCCACCUCUAAUCCAGCUCCCUCUCCCGGCACUAAUCUCUCCCCUAACAGCACUCUUCUCUACUGGGGUGACCUGAGCAGGACGCUUGCUUUCGCCUGGGAGCUGCACGUCUACGGAUCAGCUAGCCUCUUCAUCCUCCUGUUUGCUGGAGCUGCUCUCGGCCUCACCCUGUCCCCUGGUGCGAACUGUCCUCAUCGGGGGGCCCUUGCGCUCGCAAAUGCUCUCCUGUUUGCGACUGGGGGCCUCAGGGCCGCGCUCUUUCUAAUUGACCCCUAUGGGACACGUAAAUUCCUCCCUCGCCCCGUAGUUACGGCCCUCUACAACUUGCCUCUACACAUGCUGGUGUGGACGCAGGCUGCCGUGGCAUUGCUGGCGUUGAGGGUGGCAGGAGUAAGCGUGUUACCUUCAACUUUGGAGCGCCCUCCACUCGUGGCCGUGUUGGCCGUGUUGCAGUGUACUCUGCUGCUGGCGGCUGAUCUAUUAUCCCCAGCCCUGUCUCCUGUUGUGCCCGUCACCCUGCAAGUCAUGUCCCUGUGCUGGGGCUUGGGUAUCUGUCUGGGAUUCCUCUGCUAUGUCUUUCCACGUAUACGCUGCCCUCCCAUUCCCCACCCUGGAGUCCCUGAAGAAGCCAGGAGGAAGGCUUGGACAGGGAGCAGGAGGAUGGGGGUCAUCCUAGGGAGAGUGCUGGCAGUAUGUGCAGUUCUGGGGGCAUUGUGCUGUGGGCUGCAUGUCCAUGCCACCUUAUGGCUCUAUGGACUGCUAGGGGACUGGACACACUUCAACUGGGGAUGGUGGCUGGUUCACUUCUGGGCGCGGCUCCUAGAGCUGGCCUGGGGGUUCUCCCUCCUAGUCUUGGGUUCCUGGGUGUUCUGGAGGCCUCUAAGUUUCCGGGGAAGGGAGGAAGGGGAGGCAGGAGAUGGCAGAGCAGCAGGAGACAUGCCGUCCCCUGGCCAAUCUGUAGGCUCCUCUCAUAGACAUACCUGCUGGUCCAAGAUAGUCCAGAGCCUGAGGGGAAAACCCUGUAGAAAGUCUGAUAGUAAUGGGGUUGGAGGAGUAGGAGGAGGAGUACCAGGGGAGGUGCCUAACAACUGGGCAGGCCAGGAGCGUCCUGGAGCUGACAUCAGCAAGAGUCUCAUCAGGAACCAGAACCACGAGCAGUCUACUGCUCCGCCACGCUGCAUCAAAGACAGCAACCGGGGACGCAACCAUAGGGGCCACUCUGCAGAACGAGGCGUAUCUGAUGACUCAACGGGGUCUCUGCUCAGACUGCAGACACUGGGUCGGCCUCCGCAGCGCUCAGUGAGUGGCAGUCUGGAUCAGGAGAGGGACACCUCCCUCUCUCUGUAUGAGUUUGACCUACGGCCCCCUUCUCCCAUUGACCUGACCCGUAGCAUUGACAAUGCUCUGCACAGGGAACACUUGCUCGGAGCAGGCAGCCUGUUUCAUCCUUUGAACCACACCUCACAGUCCCCCUCCCCAGGCUCAGGGGUCAGCCAGGGGCCCUGGCUUCGUAGGAACAGUGAUCCUCAGCUUUCUGAGAGCAGCGAUGCCCCAACUGAGUCUUCCAUGCCACUGGGGGGCAGUGUUCUCAGCAGUGUGCCCAGCAGGCAAGUGACUGCUCCCCCCACGCCCUCCCACCAGGGUUACCGGUGGGCUGGGAACGGGGUGGGAAGCGUCCCUUCAUCAGUGUCCUGCCCUGUGUCACUUCAUCCCUCCAGAACAUCAACGGGUCAGCUGGGGGAGGAUGGAGUGGACGACACGCGGCCAUUCAUCACACCAGACUCAGAAAGUGUGCAAGGGAGGGCGGGGAAGCCAGUCGGGUCACGGAGUUACCUGGAGGUCAACCGACCUGACGACUCCGCCAGCGUCAGCAGUGAAAUUAUUGACUUAUAAACCAAACACAUGAGGACCAAUGACCACAUAUCUAA